AUGGUUUACUGCCGUUUACUUUUGAGUCUGCUGUUUCUGACGCAUUUGUUUAGCGUCACCAAGUCAAGCGUGAUACCAAACAACUCAGCAGUCCGGCGCCCUAACGCUGUUUCCAAGUGUCCUGUAUAUAACACCUACUACAACAGUCAUUUCAACACAGGAUCGACCGACAAGAAAGCGGAAGCACUUCUCCAUCGAGUACUGAAAGAAUUAAGCGAAAUGAGAGAUGAGAUCAGGUCUUCAAAAGGAAACAAAACGGCUGGUAAGUAUCCAAAGUAUACAGCGCUUAAAUCCGUCAAUAAUCCAAAAAAUAGUAUCUCCAAAAGAUUUAGAAAAGUUGCUUCAUUUGUUUGACUUAAUUGUUCCUCGGCAUAGUAAAUGAAUAAGUAUAAAAGAGUGCUUUUGAUUGGAAAGACUGUUCUUAUACGAAGACGAGUUAUACAGAUUUCCGAGUCGUGCAGUCCCGAAUACCGAAGAAAACAAAAAGUCACGUUUUACUUUUAGUUAUAAGAAACAACCUUGACCUUGGUGUCAGAUAGCGGGGGAUUAACAUUUCAAUGAAGCCUUUAAAUCCAGAGGUGCGAACAAACUCCCCGUCCGCGUAAAUUCGUAUAAUGCGCAUCGUUACUGCACAAAUAAAGGGUACAUAAGAGGCUCUCUCUCCUCCUCAGAGGCACCCACUGGGUACAGUGGCGGAUUCAGGGGAGGGGCCCAGGGGACCCAGCGUCCCUUUAUUUUUAGAGCACUGACUGAGGCCCGAAGGGUUGAAAACAUUUUUGGAGACCGCCAACGUCUGGAUCCGGUACUGGGGUAUUUAUAUGAAAAUAGAAAUAAUGAAAAAAAUAAUAGUAAGGGCAUGGUGAAUUUUCAUCCUUCCCUCUCUUCAACCUCCCAACGACAGUUGUUAAAACUCUGGGGAGGAGAAGGAUAGGAGGGGAACAACCCAAAAGAGCAAAACGUGAGAGUACGUCGAAAAAUAGUGGCUGAAAAAAAGCUAUGCAAAUAUUUAUCAUAUCUUUAAAGUUUACAAGAAUUGUGCCGAACUCUACAAAGCUGGUAAUCAGAAAAGCGGUGUCUAUUCCGUCGACCCCGACAACACAGGUGCCUUCGAUGUGUACUGUGACCAAACAACAGACGGUGGGGGGUGGGUAGUGUUCCAGAAGAGACUGGACGGCUCGCUUGAUUUCUACCGCGGCUGGGAUGACUACAAACGAGGCUUUGGGAAUCUGAAUGGUGAGUUUUGGCUCGGACUGGACAAGAUUCAUCGCCUGACAAAAGAACGAAGCAGGCUACAUGUGGAUCUUGAGGAGACGACUGGAAAAACAGCUUACGCUGAAUACGACUUUUUUGGUGUUGCAAGUGAGAGAAGUAAAUACAAGCUGAGUCUGGGAACAUAUUCUGGUAAAUUGUGUUUUAAAAAGAUCAUUUCAUAUAGUUCUAUCAUCGGAAUUAAUUUUUCUUUCUUUUUUUCUUUUUUAGCUACUUUUAAUUCAAUCAGCACUUUUUAUUGCAACAUCCAUUCACUUUAUUACCAACUUUCAAAACACAAACAAACAAGCAAGCAAAAAAGAAAGCAAAAUCCGCUUUAAAAAGUUUCAAAGUUUAUUUCUACGAUGCCAUGCGGCCUGAAACAGCAAAUCAAUUCAAGUUGUUGAAACAUUGUCACUUGAGUUGGGGUGAAGAAUUCGCCUUUCUCAUACAAAUUAUUCAUUUCAAGUUUUAAGUCUUAAGUUUAUUGUUUGCCAGAACUAAAUACUAAAAUAUGAAAAGCCAAUUUCGAGGAAGCCCAAAUAAGGAACUAAUCGAAUGUAUGCCAAAUUCGACCAUCACUUAUUUGAAGUCGAGUUCAACAUAUUGUCAGCCUUUUGCCGUUUUUGUUUGUUUGUUGUUGUUGUUGUUUGUUUUUUCUAGUAUGUAUGUAAACAUUCCAGCAGCUAACCUAGCUAAUAAAUCACCUGGCAAGUUUCACUUACAACCUGGGAAUUUGGGAAUUGCCCCCCCUCCCUUCCCCCACUGGCAGUAACGACGGGCAUGCAGUAACUUCUAAUCCUUCUUGUUUUUUGCCUAAGGAACUGCAGGUGACUCGCUUUCACCUCAUCGUGGAAUGGCGUUCUCCACCAAAGAUCGUGACAACGACCGUAGAUCCGACAAAAGCUGUGCGAUACUCUGCAAGGGAGCUUGGUGGUAUAACUCCUGUGUUGCUUCAAAUUUAAACGGCCUCUAUCAUCACGGGACACACUCUACGUCUUUUGAGGGUGUCAACUGGAAUACGUGGAAAGGCGGCACCUACUCCGCUAAGCGAGCUGAAAUGAAAAUCAAACCAGUAAACGCAUAG